AUGCAUGCAACAUUAUCUGACAUCCAAAAUACCAUACCUAGCGAAAACUUUAGGCCAACUGUUAUUGUGACAGAUUUUGAAACCGCUUUAAGGGAAAUGCUUAUAAGGCAUUUUCCAACUGCUACUGCUCAUGGUUGCUGGUUCCAUAUCAACCAAUCGCUCAAAAUGCUUAUGGUUCUACCGUUACUUCCUGCACGAAGAAUUGAAGAAGGCUUUAUUGAAAUUAAACAAUAUGCAGUUAUUCAUGGUGUUAAUUUACGCAGAUUAUUUAAUUAUUACGAACGAUUUUGGCUGCGCAAAAUAGGACCCCAAUUGAUAUCUGUAUACAAAAAAAAAAUUGGGACCAACAACAACAUUGAGUCAUUCCAUAACAAAUUAAGACAAACAUUUCAGACCUCUCACCCAAAUAUUUGGGCAUUUUUAAGUAACAUUUGCAAACUUAGUGACUCAUAUUUAAUAAAAAUAAAUCAAAUUGAUAAUGGUUUGGACGUCACGCGUAAUACCCGUUCAAAAUAUUUGGCCAACGAUUUACGCAUUAAAACUGUAAGUCGUCAACUUCGGCAAGGCUUGAUAACCAUUAAAAUGUUUCUCUUAAAAUGCUCUUAUAGUGUAGCCAGUUAUGAGGAGAGGAUGCGUGCAAUUGAUCUUAAUAUUAAUGAAGAAGAUGUACCUGAAAAUGUUUUGUUGCCAGAAGGUCAGGGUAACCAAAACGACGAAGAACUUGCCUUUGAAGAUAAUGAAUUUGUUGAAAAUGUUUUGUUGCCAGAAGGACUUUGGGAUGAAACUUAUGGGAAUGAUGAGGUUAACGAAAUUCCAUAUUAUGCUCCUGUUCCAGAAAACAUUGAUGUUUUUCCAUUACAAAAUGAAGAAGAAAUGUGUAUCGUUUUUAAAUUUGGAGUUCCUGAUUUGUACAUUCCAGAUUUGUACGUUCCAAAUUUGUACAUUCCAGGUUUUUAA